GGGGCCGGGGCAGGUUCCAAGGUCCAGACCUGCUCCUUGCAGCCGCUCCUCGGCCCAUGGAGGAGGAAAACCGCCGGGCCGGGCCCGCACCGUGAGGGAGGAAGCGAGGCCUCGCUGGGGCUCCAGCGGCGCCGCGUCUCCAUGGCAACCCCGGAAGCGGCCGCCAUUGGCCGGGCGACCGGAAGCGGAAGUGCUCUGUGGGGCGGGAGCAGCGGGAUGCUGGCGGCGGCGGUGCUGCUGCUGGCGGCGGCGGGGCCGGCGCUUGUGCCGGUGCGGGCGGGGCGGGACGCGCUGCGGGAGGAGCUGCUGCUGAGCCCGCUGCCCGACGGCGACGUGGCCGCCACCUUCCAGUUCCGCACGCGGUGGGACGCCGACCUGCAGCGGGGCGCAGUCUCUCACUACAGGCUCUUCCCAAAGGCACUGGGGCGGCUGGUGGCGGCGCUGGGCGUGCGGGAGCUCCACCUCGCCCUCACCCAGGGCUUCUGGCGCACCCGCGUCUGGGGACAGCCGCCCCUGCAGGCACCCGCUGGCGCCGAGCUCUGGGUCUGGUUCCAGCCCACUGUCACCGAUGUUGACAAAGCCUGGGAAGAACUGAGUAACAUCCUCUCUGGAAUAUUCUGUGCUUCUCUCAACUUCAUUGACUCGACCAACACAGUCAUACCAACAGCAUCCUUCAAACCCCUGGGCUUAGCCAACGGGACAGAUCACCGUCUCCUGCGAUAUGCUGUCCUGCCCCGGGAGGUCGUCUGCACGGAGAACCUCACACCGUGGAAGAAGCUGCUCCCAUGUGGCUCCAAGGCUGGGCUUGCUGUGCUGCUGAAGGCCGAGCGCUUGUUCCACAGUAGCUACCACUCGCAGGCAGUGCACAUCCGCCCCAUCUGCAGGGAUGCCUCCUGCCUGGCUGUGUCCUGGGAGCUCAGACAGACCCUCACUGUGGUCUUUGACACCUUUUCCAGUGGCCAAGUAAAGAAAGACUGGUCCCUCUUUAAGAUGUUUUCUCGUACACUUACUGAUGCGUGUCCUCUGGCAUCGCAGAGCAAGGUCUAUGUUGACAUCUCCCCUAAGAACAAGGAAAAGGAGUUACUGGAAGUGACACCCCCUCCAACAUCUGUACAUGAAGCUAUUGUCCAGGGAGACAAGAGGACCUAUGCUGUCUAUGACCUGCUGAGCCCCUCGCUCUUCAAUACAUCUCGCAGCCUCAACGUGCAGCUGAAGUGGAAGCGGCCCCAAGACAGCUCGGACCUGCCAACACCCGUACUCCAUGCUCAGCGCUAUGUGAGUGGAUAUGGGCUGCAGACCGGAGAGAUCAGCACACUCAUCUACAACACUCACCCAUACCGGGCCUUCCCCGUCAUCCUGCUGGAGACUGUGCCGUGGUAUCUGCGACUCUAUGUGCACACUCUGACUAUCAUCACAAAGGGGAAGGAAAACAAGCCAAGUUACAUCCACUACCAGCCAGCCCAGGACCGGAGACGGCCACACCUCUUGGAAAUGCUGAUCCAGCUGCCAGCCAACUCUGUCACCAAGAUCACGAUCCAGUUUGAGAGGGCUUUAUUGAAGUGGACAGAGUACACGCCUGACCCCAAUCACGGCUUUUACGUCAGUUCAUCUGUGCUUAGUGCCCUGGUGCCCAGUGUCAUUGCGAUGAAGGACGUGGACGUGGAGCAGAGCCCUCUCUUCACCUCGCUGUUUCCUUCCUCUGAUGGCUCCAGCUAUUUUGUGCGCCUGUACACGGAGCCGCUGCUGGUGAACUUGCCGACGCCAGACUUCAGCAUGCCCUAUAACGUCAUCUGCCUGACCUGCACUGUGGUGGCAGUGUGCUACGGCUCCUUCUACAACCUGCUGACCAGAACGUUUCACGUGGAAGAGCCGAGCCGCGGUGGGCUGGCCAAGCGGCUGGCCAACAUCAUCCGCAAAUUCAGGGGGGUGCCCCCCCUCUGAGAGAAACCAGGGCAGCUGGUGCUGGCUGUGGGGCUCCAUGAGGAGACCCAGGGAGCAGAGCACUGCUGCCUUUUGUCUUAAGCCUGCUCCAUUUUGCUGCCUGGAUCUCUCUUUGGGAUCCAACAAGUUGAGAGAUCGCUUCCAUCGUUAAGACGGGAAGCGGUUCUAAGCCCCUUGACUACUGAACUGCACUGCAACGGGAUUGGGAAAGGGUUAAGACUUCUGUUUGGGAGAGGGGUAAUUUAUGUGCUGUGAAUGAUUCUAGAAGUAAACUUGAGGUGUUUUGUA